ACUAUAAAGGAGGACUUGGGAGUCCGACGAAGACUGCCAUGGUAAGCAUCGAACGAGACGCUCCUAAGUUCCGCCCGUUCCCAAAGUCUAGCUGUGUUUCUAACCCACGAGAAUUUGAAUUCCUCCAUUUAAUUUGGAAAAUCGUAGAAAUGGCCGUCGACUGGACUCAACUCCCGCAAGAACUCUUCGAGUCAAUCUCAAAGUGCCUCACCAUUUACGCCGAUUACCUCCGAUUCCGAGCCGUCUGUCACAGCUGGAGAUCCUCCGUCUCAAACAUCCCGCGCCACCUACCUCCUCAGCUGCCUUGGCUCAUGCUUCCCUACACCCAAUCUCUCCAAUCCCACCUCGCGUUUUUUGACUUCUCUGCCCAGUCACUCCACCUCCUCGAGCUUCCUGAAGCCGCCUCUCACCGCAAGCGCCGCUGUGGAUCCUCCCACGGUUGGCUCGUGAUCCUCGGCGAAACCCCAGAAGUCCUUCUCCUCAACCCUCUCACUCGAUCCAAGAUUCACCUUCCUCCGCUCUCCACCUUCCCCUACGUCCUGAGCUUCAAUUACUCCGAAGUCGGUAAAGAAUACGAGCUUCGAGGCACCUUCGGGGCAAUCCACCGGCUUGGUUUGAGGGAAAUGCGCGACUCUUUUAUCAAGAAAGUGGUUCUCUCCUCAAGCCCGCAGAGUGAUAACAACAAUAAUAAAAACUACAUCGCGCUGGCAAUUCUCCUUCAACCAGAUAUUUUAGCGUACUGCAAGAACGGCGACCAAUCCUGGACACUGUUACACAGCGCGACGUUUUUCUGUGAGGACGUUAUAUAUCAUAAGGACUUAUUCUACGCGGUGGACAAGCAAGGCGCUAUCGCGGUGUGCGAUUUACACAGCGGGUCGCCGAGCGUCUCAAUUACCAGAAUGCCAAUCGAAUCCCGCAGCGACAUGAGAUAUUUGGUGAACUCGGAGGACGAAUUGUUGAUGGUAACGCGGUACGUAGAACUUCAUUACGAUGACAUCUCCCCAUACUCGCUGAACGCGUUCUACAAAACGGUGCGGUUUGAGGUAUUCAGAAUGGUUUGGAGCGGGCCACAGUGGGAGAAGGUUACAAGCUUGGGUGACCGGAUGUUGUUUAUCGGACAAAAUUCAUCCUUCUCGUUGCCGGCUUCUGAUUUUCCGGGAUGUUUAGGGAACUGUAUAUAUUUCACCGACGAUGAUUGUGAAUUCAAUCUUGAUAGUGAUUUUGGUGAGUAUGAUUUGGGCAUCUUCAAGAUAUGUGAUGGAAGCAUCGAACCUUUACCCUGUUAUCAGCGAAAUCCGCACUCUCAGGUACACGGGCCUCCAAUUUGGGUAACACCGAAUCCUUGCUGAUGUUUCGUCUUGAAUGUUACGGGUAGAUUUCUUUGUGUUUUUGGUGACGUAAAAACGACAUAUCAUAUGUUGCAUGAGGAGUCUGUAGCAAAUGCUGUCACAUAACACUUUUGACUUUUGUGUUUUAUGCUUGAAGCAGAUUUUUAAGUUUUUUCAGUUAAGGCUUCGGAAGAA